CCCCUCGGCACUAGCAGCGCGUUUGUUCUGGCUUCCCUCUUAAUGUGGUGCCAGUCACGUCAGAAGGAUGAGGAAGAUCCGUGUGUCCAACCUGUCAGGGCUGUGAGCAUUGCACAGCGGUUUGGGAGCCAGAACGGCAGAGCAGGAUCUCAGCUAGUGCGCCUCGGGCAGCGUUUGCUAUUAUCUCUCGGAACCACUUUUCUUCUUUAGACUCUUGUUCUAAUUUCUUUUAGCAGUUGUCAUCCUGCUCUGGGAGAAGCGCAGGUAAUGUCACGCUGCAUCCCACUGGCCCGAACAGUCUGUUCUUUCGGCCUCUGAGUAUUAACACAAUUGUAGCCACCAGAAAUUUCUGAAACCGAUUUGCCUUCUGUGAGUCACAAAAUGUUCACCUGUGCUUUAACCUGCUCAAUAUAAAGGCUGACUAUUAAGAGGGAGGGGAUGCUCAUGCAUGAUUUCAUUGUAAUGCUAUUAAAGGGAACAUCUGGGGAAGGAAGUGUGGUACCUCAACUUCUAAUUGAACCUAUUUCAUAAACAAGGUGCAGGGCUAGAUGUACCAAUUAGGGUAGAGUUAUGUCAGAUCCUGCAUAUUAUAAUUAGUCACGGUACUAGAGGCCAGUUUGUGCAUUGUUAGAAGAUUUUUGUUGAAGAAUUUUCAAUUAUCUUUCAAAUUUUCGGAAAUUGAGGGAACCAUUUUAUAUUUGUGUCAGGAAUCAAGUCAAUUUAGAAAUGACUGCUGGUAAUGUUACUGUGAAGCACUUUUGUUCUUGGUGCUUGUGGAAUUUGAAGGAAAGUAGUCUCCCAGUUCUCCAUUUUGAAAACCUGUGCAGGGUGCUCCAAGCAGAAAUAGAGGAAGAAGAAAGCUGUACUCUUGGGAAGAUGAAACUUCUUUCGGGAAUUCAUUCUAAUGCACUGGCAUAUUCCAUGACUACCUUAGGUGCUGGAAUGAUGAACAGCAUUUUUAACUUCUACUAUGUUAAGCUUUUCCUAAACCGAUACCAAAUUUCAGAAACAGCAUUUCAUGUAGCACAGGUUGUGUUCAUGAUCUGGAACGCCAUCAACGAUCCCCUGUUCGGCUACAUCCAGGACACCUCCAGGCUGGAGUGCUGCGCGAGGCGCCAGGUCUCGAUUUUGUACGGAGCCCCUUUGUACGGCCUGGCCUUCCUGCUGCCCUGGUUCCCCUGGAGGCACUACGAGGAGGGGGACUGGCUGUGUGGCCUGCACCUCAUCGUCGCGCUGUGCGCCUUCGACGGGCUGCUGACCUUCGUGCUCCUGGCGCAGUGCGCGCUCUUCGCCGAGAGCUCCAGCGGCCACCACGGCAGGCUCCGGCUCAUCAAGUACAACCAAGUGGCGACGCUGAUGGCGUCCACGAGCGUUCUGUUCUGCGGGCUUGUGUCUGAUAACAUGGAAAAGUUCGCUUAUUUUCAGGCUUUCGCUGUGUUGAUCGCGGCGCUGGCGACAGCCUGUAUGUGCUGCACGGGUAAAUACAGCACGAGUCAGUACGAGCAGAGAGAAAUUCAUACGGAGGAUGCUAAUCUGGAAAACAGUGAUGGAGCUUUCUCCUUGGCCUCGGUAGUUUCAUUGACCAAACAGAUCAUGACAGAGAAGAAUUUUCUAUGUUUUGUAACAAUGAACUUCUUCCAAGUCUUCCACUUAGCCUUCUACAACAAUUUUAUGAUGAUCUUUGCAGAUAAUCUUAUUCCUAAGGAUAUCCUUUCUUCCUCAGUAAGAAGUAUCAUGUAUGGAGCAGGUUUUAUUUGUCCUCAGUGCCUUGUUCUUCUCAGUCAUGCUUCGUUGAAGAAGUUUGGUUAUUACAGAAUCAUCAUGUUUUCAUUUUACUAUGAAGGAGUAGCUGCUGCUGUCAUGUGCCUUCUAGGGCAAGAACACUAUUACCUGCUGGCAUUUUAUGUUACAACAAACAUGGUAAUUGUGCAAGCUUCAUUUAGCCUGUUCAAUUUGCCUUUGGCAGAUAUUAUUGAUGCAGAUUUAAUAAAGCACAAGAGGAGAUUACCACUUUCCUCUAUGGUUUUUGGUACCAAUGCUUUAUUUACCAAGCCUGCCCAAUCUUUGGCUCCAAUGAUUGUUGUUAAAAUACUAAAUCAUUAUGGAUAUUAUAACCUGAAUAAUGUACCUGGUCAUCCUGAUAUAAGCAGCUUGUUUUUAGAUCUCCAUGAUGCCAUGUUCUACCUGGUCUGUUUGGUUCCCCUCUGCAUUGCAGUCCUACAGAUCCUGAUCUGGACUCCCUUUUCCAUCCAGAACAGCCACCUGGCAGCUCCACAGUAAAUAUGGAACCAGUGCUCAGUGCAUCUCCUGCUGAACCACAGGAGAGUUCAGUAAGUUUUUAAUGUGAAAAAGCAAAACUAUAAGAUGAAACACAGUUUGAGCUGUUUCAGUAAAGCUGUGUUUUCAGUCUCUAUAGACCGAGUCACAUUCAGCCUUAAUGCUGAGCCUACACAAGUUUUCCCUAGUUCAGUUGCUUUCUGUUAAUGGGUUUCAUCCUUAAUUACUUAAUUUAAAGUAAUUUCUGGUAUAUAAUAAUUCCUGUUAAUUUAUUAGAAGAAAGGAUAUGGCAGAUCAGGGAAAGGGAUCCUAACCCAGCACCUGGAAUUCAAGGGAACUGUCUUUUCUGAAGCUUACUGGUGGAUUAAUUUUGCCAUACUAAUAAAAUGGCAGAUCUCUGAAGUUAAUCUGGAAGAUCCCAGUGGACAUCUCUCAUGGAUGGCAAGGAGAUGAAGAGAAAAGUUUAGAUGGUGUCUAGCUGGCCAGUAUCAAGACAAAUCUGACAGCUACCAUGGCAAGAGCCAAGAGUAAUUAACUACCCUGUGAAAGGCCGUGUGAGGCUAAAGAAGAAAAGGAUUCAGAUGCUGUUCAGUGUUGCUCAAUGUGGAAAAAGCUCCAUAAGUCCUCACUGGCUUUCCAAAUCGCUGGUUCGUGGAAGGUCAGUGCAGUUUUCUGACUUUAAAUGGGAAUAUAAUUUUGAAGGUAUUAAUUCUACAGUGCUUCAUGCAGAAUGUCAUUGUGGCAAGGACAGCAUUAGUCUGUGGAUGUAGGGUUCAGCUCUUGGACAAAUGUAAGCACACACAGAUACUAAAUCAAGCUCGACCUGUUCAGUGGUGUUACAUUGACAAACUCAUUUGCUGUGUGACAAUUUAAGUUAAUUUCUGAAUCAUCCAGUUAAAGUUAGUUAAUUUCUGAUUAAUUCUUAUCAGUUAAGAUUUUUAAUGAAUCCUGUGAUUUUUAUAAAAUAAAGGGGUUUUGACAAAAUUUCAGAAA